AUGUUUAUUCUAGUAUACGUCCAUUAUUUGGUUUCCGCCUUUGAUGCCAGUCAGGUGCCCACAUCAGGGGCUUGGAGCGUCCCCAGCAGCAGCAGCGAGGCUUCAGGCUCUGCUCCUGCGGCCACCGCAUGCGCUCCUGCAAAGCGGCAGAGGCAGCGGCACGACUCACGUAACCUCACCAGAUUCUACCCCGUAACCAAGACCAGCAACGGAGGCACAGCUCGUCAAGUCUUGACUCGGCAGCCUCUGAAGCAAAAGACGCGUCACAGCCACGACCCGCCAGUAGAAAAGCACGUGGGUUGGCUCCUUGACUCGCGUGUGCACGACGUGCCUCGUGACAACGAUGUCACGCCCCACGCGCACGACGGCACUGCGUCUACGAGCGUCGGCAGUCAGGCGUCAAUGAACAGCUCGUUUGACACAACGCCCGCCGGGGAACUGCCCUUAUUCCAGCACCCUUCUCAUGCCUUGCUGCAGGAUAACAAUUUCACGCAGUUUGAGUACUGCAGAUACAGACUCAGAUGUCUCAAGGAGCGUCACCGGUAUGGCAUUGGUCGAAGCCAGGAGAUGAACACGCUGUAUCGCUUCUGGUCGUUCUUCCUGCGCGAAUCCUUCAAUAAGAAAAUGUAUGAAGAAUUCCGCAAGCUGGCCAACGAAGAUGCUGAAGUGCAGUACAGGUACGGUCUGGAAUGCCUGUUCCGUUUCUACAGCUACGGCCUCGAGAAGCGCUUCCGCGCUGACCUCUUUGCCGACUUCCAAACAGAAACACUGCGCGAUGUCGAACGCAACCAACUGUACGGUCUUGAAAAAUUCUGGGCUUUCCUGAAGUACUUCAAAAAAGCGAAGAAACUCCAAGUAGAUGAGAGAAUAAAACAGAAACUGGUGAAGUAUAAAACCAUCGAAGACUUCCGGAUUGAAACGCCUGAGGAGUACGAUCUGGCCCGCCAGGCCAGAAAAGCCGCGCGUUUGGGGCGCACGCGCUACUUCUCCGCGAAUUUAGAGAGCAGCGACCCAUCGACUCCGCCUCCUGUCGCGUUUGUGUCCUGGUACAAUGGUCUCCCCCAGGAAGGGCCGGCUAUUGCCCCUCCUAGUAGCGGCCAGUGGUUCCACUUCGCAAACCGGAAGAGAAGAGCUUCUGAAGGAGACAGAGCAUUUGACCACAACAGUUCCCACUCUCCUAUUGCAGCCUAUAAAAACAGGAGGAUGUCAGGAUCACAGAGUGGCUCUCGAUCAAGACAUGGCAGUGGAACGGGAAAAAGAACUCGCUUGAGUUCCCACAGCUCGCACGAGCCUUCUCCUCUAGCCACUGUCUCAAACAGUAGUAUCACACCAAAUAAUAAGAACAACAACUCGGCAAAUGCCUCUACGCCUGUAUCUGCUUCAACUAAUACUACUAAAAAUAUUCCUUCUUCUGCAACCGAAAGUUCCUCAAACUCUUCCCCCUCCGUUUCCUUUUUGUCAUCUGGGAAGCAAAUUUCUAGUUCACCAAGCCAUAGUAACUCCUCUUCUUCAACCAAUACUUCUAGUAAAAGAUCUAAUUCGAGUCCUAGCAAACGACCAAGCAGACAGCCUCCUAGUUCUAGCACUUCUGAAACCCCUGACAAUGUUCUCGAAAAGAGACGAUCCUCAAAAUCUUCUCAAGCAUCUUCCUCAUCGAAUAAAAAAUUAACAAAACACAAUUCAGAGCCUUCUGGAGCAAGAAAGUCUCAGCCUCACAACGAUAAAGAAAACAAACCUCAACAUUCGCAAGGAGACAAUUCUAAAGAUACCAAGUCUCAGCCAGCCAAUCCAAGCUGUCACAAGAAGGGCAAAAGCAACAAGGGAAGUUCGAACAAGUCAACACCGAGUGCUAAAAGCAAAACUGCUGAUACGUCCGAUGUUGCUGCUGUCGUCCCUGAACCUUCGUCAUCUGUGAACUGUUCGGGCGUUGCGAACGUCGCCAAGAAGACAGAUUGUGUAACAGUGCACAGCUGUUGAGAAACGAUUUUCAAUAACGAAGGUGUCAACCGCUCCUGAGUCAUGGCUUCCUUUGUUGCGAGCCACAUCUUUUUUGAACAUAAGAGAUUAUAUUUUCUAAUUACAAAGAUGCUGCCAUCAUCCAUUUAAUUAUUGUAUAUAAAUGUUUUCGUUAUAACAAGAUGAAUGAUGGACCACUCGUUGCGUUUUAGCAGUUGGUCGCAUUUCAUUGUUUGUGACCAGAUUUACGCUCUACGUUUCUAGAACGUAGUUUAUGUAUGUCUUGUACAAGGAACUCUCCGCUUGAAAUUUUUUUUAUGUUGGGACUGUUUUCACUUUACUCUUUUUCGGGGCAUUUUUUCGUAUUUAAAUUAUAUUAUUCUUGGAUUGUACGAUUUGUCAACUUUUUUCGUACUGUUGGUGGAAUUUCUAUGGAAAAUUGUGGAAUGCCAUGGUUUGAUGUUUGCUUUGACGUACUUGAUUUCUCAAUUAUAUUCCUCAAUAUAUAAGUAAGGAAUAGCGUAGUGAACUUCUAGGGUAUCAUGGUUCUUUAUAUCCCUUUAAGGUUAAUCUUAAGUAAUGUCAAAACCACGAUAAUGGAUGCUUACUGGUAUACGAGUGAAGCUUCUACCACCGUAUGUGGCAUCCUGCUAAAAAAAUUGUGAUAUAACUUGUACUUUUAAAAUAAUAUACUGUAAUCAGUUAGUAGAAAUGUGCUUAUAAUUAAUCUCACACGUGCAGUCGACGUGAAUGCGGUGAUAUGUUCGCCUUCUUGUUUCUGUAUUAGCUCUCUUUUGCCGUUGCUGUGGUUUGAUCCCAUUAUAUUUUUGCGAUUGAUAACAAAGAUAUUUCUUCGAUAUCAACUCGUCUUUGACACUCGUUGAUGCGACGUAUACAUUGCUCGAUUUCGGAUAAGAAUUAUAAUGUAUCACCGUUAAUUUGUUUUAGUUUUAUGCGUGGACUAAAAUUGAAACAUUAGUCUUUUCGCCGGUCGAAAUGUUCUUGACUUACGACGAAGUGAUUUAUUUCAUCACCGUACUGGAUGUUGAACAGUGACCUGUACCGCUGAUUGUGCCUUCGUUUUUAAGAAAUUUACUGGAGCGUGACUGGGAACUACCAGCUUAUGUUCUUGUUCCUCGCGGCGUUCCGUGAGCAUUAUGGUAGAAUUGUUAUUAAUAUUAAUUUUUGCUGUCGCGUUAGGAUUGCUGUACGCGUUGCCGAACUGGUAACAAGAAUUAACUGAGCUGAAGAGAAUUAAAGGAAAUGUUGAUGGUUGGCCGUGCAAAAAGGGUUAAUACGACCAUUAUCAUCGUCAAUUCUACCAAUAAAUAUUUGAGUACUGUGCGCACUGUGUACGGCCUUUUUGAGUAGUUAAUUGAUGAAGCAACAGCCAUAAACAUUUACUUUCUCCUAAAGAUUUUUCACAGAAUUUACUCAAGAUUUAUGUUCUUUUGUGAACAAUAUUUCUUAGAAUGAGGAAAGUGAUGUACUUUGGCCUAAAGGCAGAAUAAUUUGGCCGUGCUAGCUACUCGCUAUGACAAACUCAGGUGUGGGAGAAUUGUUGUCAAUGGAAGGUUCUCUCCAUGGAACGUAGGCGGGCUUCAUUUUUUUAUCAUUGAAGAAAUUAAUUGCUAUUUUGAG